AUGGAGUGCAAUCUGAGACACCCCCUGCUCCAAAGGGGCCCUGCCCUGGGAGGGGUUCUGGUGCCUGUGAGCAGCAAGCUGGCCCUUCCAGGCGUCUCUGGCAAAGCCCAGACGGUGGGGAUGCUGCCGCCGCUGCCACCAAGGCCCCCUCCCUGUCCUCCAGAGGGUGGGCGGGCAGGGAGGCAGCCGCCCAGCUCAAGUAAUGGCUUCUGCCUGCUGGGUACUGCUGGCUUGGCCUCAGUGGCCUUCCUGAGGCUCGGAGGAAUAUUUGAAUAUGCGGAUGGCCCAAAUGCCCAGGUAAUGAAUGCUGAGGAGCAAGCAUUCCGAUUCUCCGCUAACAUCAUCAACAGGAACAGAACUUUGUUACCCAACACAACCUUAACCUAUGAUAUCCAGAGGAUACACUUCCAUGAUAGCUUUGAAGCCACUAAGAAAGCCUGUGACCAGCUUGCACUGGGUGUUGUAGCAAUAUUUGGGCCUUCUCAGGGCUCAUGUACCAAUGCAGUCCAGUCCAUUUGCAAUGCACUGGAAGUUCCUCACAUACAGCUGCGGUGGAAGCAUCACCCUUUGGACAACAAGGACACCUUCUAUGUCAAUCUUUACCCGGAUUAUGCCUCUCUCAGCCAUGCCAUCUUGGACCUUGUACAGCACCUGAAGUGGAGGUCAGCGACUGUGGUGUAUGAUGACAGCACAGGCCUUAUCCGGCUUCAGGAGUUGAUAAUGGCUCCAUCCAGAUACAACAUCCGUUUGAAGAUCCGCCAGUUGCCCCUCGACACAGAAGAUUCUCGGCCUCUGCUCAAGGAGAUGAAGCGGGGGCGGGAGUUCCGGAUCAUCUUUGACUGCACCCACACAAUGGCUGUGCAUAUCCUCAAGCAGGCCAUGGCGAUGGGGAUGAUGACAGAAUACUACCACUUCAUCUUCACCACACUGGAUUUGUAUGCACUAGAUCUUGAGCAAUAUCGCUACUCUGGAGUAAACCUGACUGGCUUCCGCAUCUUGAAUGUGGAGAAUCCCCACGUAUCUGCCAUAAUUGAUAAAUGGUCUAUGGAGAGGUUGCAGACGGCCCCCAGACCUGAACCUGGAUUGAUUGCAGGGGUGAUGAUGACAGACGCUGCCCUGCUGUAUGAUGCCGUCCACAUAGUCUCUGUGUGUUACCAGCGGGCCCCGCAGAUGACAGUCAACUCCCUCCAGUGCCAUCGACACAAAGCCUGGCGAUUUGGUGGACGCUUCAUGAAUUUUAUCAAAGAGGCCCAAUGGGAGGGCUUAACAGGACGGAUUGCCUUCAACAGAACCAGCGGCUUGAGAACUGACUUUGACUUAGACAUCAUCAGCCUCAAGGAAGAUGGGCUAGAAAAGGUUGGAGUCUGGAGCCCAUCUGACGGACUGAACAUCACUGAAAUCUCCCGAAGGCAGGGACCCAAUGUGACAGAUUCUCUGACCAAUAGAUCUUUGGUGGUCACCACAGUCCUGGAAGAACCCUUUGUCAUGUUUGCCAAGUCAGACACUGUGCUGUCUGGGAACCAGCGCUUUGAAGGCUACUGUAUUGACCUCCUGGCAGAAGUCUCCCGGAUCCUUGGCUUCUCCUACGAGAUUCGACUGGUGGAGGAUGGGAAGUAUGGCGCCCAAGAUGAGAAGGGGCAGUGGAACGGCAUGAUAAGAGAACUUAUUGACCAUUCUGUUCAGGUCAUCAUUGUGAUGCUCUUGUAA